AUGGCGGCGGCAGAGGGUCUGGCCCCGUGGCGCGUUGGCUUCGUGGGCGCAGGUCGCAUGGCGGAGGCCAUCGCGCGAGGCCUCGUCCGAGCAGGAAAGGUGGAAGCUCAGAAUGUGCUGGCCAGCGCACCGAGCAACAGGAACCUCUGCCGCUUCCAGGCUCUGGGCUGCCAGACCACGCACAACAACCAGGAGGUGCUGCAGAGCUGCUCCCUCGUCUUCCUGGCCACCAAGCCCCACACCCUGCCAGCCGUCCUGGUGGAGGUGGCCCCUGUGGUCACUGGCGAGCACAUCUUGGUGUCUGUGGCUGCAGGGGUCCCUCUGAGUACCCUGGAGGAGCUGCUGCCCCCGAGUGCGCGGGUGCUGCGCAUCUCGCCCAACCUGCCCUGCGUGGUCCAGGAGGGGGCUCUGGUGCUGGCGCGGGGCCGCCGGGCUGGAAGCAGUGAGGCCGAGCUCCUGCAGACCCUGCUGGCAGCCUGCGGGCAGUGCGAGGAGGUGCCUGAGGCCUACAUGGACAUCCACACUGGCCUUGGUGGCAGUGGCGUGGCCUUUGUGUGCACCUUCUCUGAGGCCCUGGCUGAAGGUGCGAUCAAGAUGGGCAUGCCCAGUGACCUGGCCCACCGCAUUGCCGCCCAGACCCUGCUGGGCACAGCCAAGCUGCUGCUGCAGGAGGGCCGGCACCCCGCCCAGCUGCGGACGGAUGUGUGCACGCCGGGUGGCACCACCAUCCACGGGCUCCAUGCUCUGGAGCAAGGUGGGCUGCGGGCAGCUACCAUGAGCGCUGUGGAGGCCGCCACUAGCCGGGCCAAGGAGCUCAGCAGGAAGUAGGCCCAGGACGGGGUACAGGCCCCGCACAGCCCCGAGUGCUGGGAACUGCCUGGCCUGGGGCAUCAGAGGGCGUGCCAGCCCGCCACCGUCUCUCCCUGGCCCCCACCCCCAGAACAGCAUGGCAUCUCAAUGCUGUCCCCUCCCACCCACAAGGGUACAGGACUCAAGGGAUGGCAUGGCUCACUGAUGGGGACGCCAUGGUGAUGGCCCUCCCCUAAUGGGCCUGCCAUCUGGGCAGAAAAGCAGACACCUUUUAAGGAGUGACGGCAGGGUGCUCGUCAGGGUUGCGUGGUU